AUGGAUGAUGAGAGGGACGUAGCGCCGUCAUCUGAACGGUCUGAACAGCCUGCGAGGAAGAGACUGAGGACAUCACAUGCAUGCGACGUCUGCCGGGCACGCAAAAUAAGAUGUGACGGUAACAACCCGUGCACCUCGUGUGCCGUCUCGGAGCAGGACUGCACCUAUGGAUCUGAAGCCAACUCACGAGGCAAGAGCGAUCUCAUCCUGGAGGGAGUCCUCCGGGUAGAAAAAUUCCUCCAUGACCUGAACGCCAGUGUCAUCGCCUCACCACUAUCCGACAGGCGGCCGUCCUUCUUUUCUCAGCCGGCAGGCCCUCAGUCUGGCAGCCCCUUGUUCGAAGAAUCACCCAUCACUGAGACUCACCCUUACCGCACGGCUUGCCCACCGCGGACACCAAUAAGUGAUACCGCACACCAGCCUCCUCCAGACUUCAAGCAUAGCCAGCACAGUCAGCACAGCCAGAAUGGCCAGCAACCAAACGGCCAGAAUGGCUUCGACAACGCCGUGCUCGACUCCAUGCACACCUCCACCACCGAGUCCGUGUUGCAGUGGCCGCACUUCGAUGUCUUCCCCUCCCUGCGCAACGACUACGUCUCCAUCUUCGAGCUGGAGCAGUCACGUCUGCCCAUCAAGAUGCGCUCCUCCGCCAUCAUGUAUCCCUUUGUCACCGACGACGAGAUGGACUCGAUCCUCGACGCCUUCCAGCACGGCGUCAACUUUUGGUACCCCACCAUGUCGCGCCACCAGCUGGAGAAGGUGCGCCUGACUGUGAAAUGCUUCAACGCCGGCGUGGCGGAGGAGCAGAGCGUCGAGGGCUGUCUGGCCUUCCUCACCAUGGCGCUAGGCUGCGCGAGCCAAGCCAUAGCCGGGCUGGCCUCCGCCACCGCGCCGCUUUCAGACGAGGACCUGAAGCACCGCUCGCAGCGCCGGGACAUGGGCGAUCUCUACUUCGACCACGCCCUCCGCCGGCUGCACGUGGUGCACAUGGACGUCGGCUCGACGGCGACCCAAUGCCUCUUUUUCACAGCCAUGUACUUUGCCUCGCUGCGGCGGCCGCUGCAGGCAUGGGAGUACAUCAAUGCAGCCUCGGCAAAGUGCCUCUUGCUGCUCUCCUAUCCGCCAAGCGGCGACACGGCCGAGGACAGCGAGCGCAUCCGGCGCAUCUUCUGGUCCUGCUACGUGCUGGAGAGCGACUACCUGGCGGAGCUAUCCGCACUGCCGCAGUCGGGGAUCGCGCGCAUCGAGUCGUCGAUCCCGCUGCCCGGCGCGUACUCGACGCACCGGCGCCCGCGCGUCGAGGAGCAGUCGUCGCUGUACUUCCUCGCCUGCAUCUCGAUGCGCCGCCUGCUCAACCGCGUCCACCAGCUGCUCUACGCCCGCGGCUCCGGCGCCAGCCUCGACGCCGCCCGCUUCCCCUACGUCGUCGCCGAGCUCAACCACCAGCUCGACGAGUGGCGCGACGUCCUGCCCUCGGCGUUCAGCUUCACCGUCGACACGCGCGCCACGCAGACUGAGGCGGGCGGUUUCCUGCGCCAGCGGUAUCUUACCUGCCGUAGCGUCAUUUAUAGGCCGUAUCUCAUGUGGAUGCUCAGCGGGAGCGGCUCGGGCGGCGACGGGCUGAGCGUGCACAAGCCUAGUUCUGAUGUGCUGAAUGGAUGUCGGGCGUGUUUGGAGGCGUGUCUGCUGCACAUCCUCAACCUGCGAGGUUUUGCGCACACAGUAUUGGUGGACACAUGGAUUUGCUCGCUUUCGAUGGCCGGUGCGAUGCUCGUCCUCCUCGCAGCCUCGAGGGUGCCGUCCCUACGCGGCGUCAUCGGCGCCGACCUGCUAACGGCGGGCGCCCACCUCAAGGGUCUGUUGACGAGCUGGCAGCAGGUGUCUGGGGGCCCGAGCUCCCCCAGUGUCGAGCAGAGCGUGAGGGUCAUUUGUGAGGCGGAUGAGUUUAUCGGCCAGGUGUUUGCGGCGGGAGACAUGCUCGCGUUGUACGGUCAAGGGAGCGAGUCCUAG